AUGCCGGUUCCCGCGACUCUGACAAGCUAUCUGCCUGUCCUGCUCGUAUCCGUCACCCACAACGCCGUCCCAGACGACUCUUCCUUUGACACCCAACCCGAGGGCCAGGUCGACUAUCUCUCCCACAACUGGAAGGAGGAGGAUGUCUGGCGAUCAUGGCGCUCCAUGACCCGCCAGAAGAACGCCAUCGCGAAUGGCAUGCGCCUCGAGAAUGCGAGCUGGCGCACCUGGUGGAAGCAGAGGAACAAACUUCCCACUGUAAGCCCCGAGACGCUCAACUGGCUGAAGGACUCUGACGUAACAUGGCUUUAUGGACCCCUACACAUCGGCCACGACUGGACCGACUAUUCACAACACAAGACUUCGAAGCUCAACGCCGGACACCGGAAAACCAGCAUCGACGCCCUUCCCGGUCCGUUCCAGACGAGCGUGUACUCGGCUCCCGUACCCGUACCCAAGAAGCCGAUCCUCAAGCGACGCAGCAUCAGUCAAUUGCUGUCGCUCCCUGCCAGCCCCUUCUUCAACCACGCCGACAGCGACGAGGAGGAAGAGCACGACACUGUGCAAGACCUCAAGUGCGGGUCGAGCGCGCCAUCUACGCGUCCCCCACUUGUGCACACGAAGAGCGAUACCCACAUCAACCUGCGCGGUCGUCCGUUCCGCAAGAACUCGCCACCACGCAUCAUCGCCGAGGACGGCUCCGCAUCUGCGCCACCCGCCUCUACGUCUACGUCUGCCUCUGGCUCCGCCUCCCCAUCUGCGUCACAAGCCGGACCGACACCGCCGGUCGUACGCGUGGCGACGGUUAGCGACGGGUCAGGGUCCACGAGCAGCGAUCAAGACCUGAGCGGGCGGUCGAGCAUAGAUGGGCCAGCGAAGAAGAAGCACAUCAGCUUCAAUACGUUUGUGGAGCAAUGCAUCGCGAUCGAGAAGCCGAAGCUGAAGCGCUCCAUAACGGGCCCUGCUGGCGGACGGUUGUUCGAUGCGUACGAUGAUGGGUACGACUCGGAGUUGGCGUACGAUGGAGAGUACGACGAGCCGUCGACGUACUACUUCCACGAGAACGUCGUGAUGGGGUCGGACUCUGAGGACGAUGAUGACGAUGACGUGCUCGAGAUGCGGACGGCCUCCUCACGCUCGCGAUCAAACUCGGCGUCGUCGACGCUGAAGUCCUCGCUCGCCACCCCACUCAGCCCGGGUAACACUAUGUCGUCGCGUCCGCGCCCCCCGAUGGUCCGUCGACAGUCGACGGACAGGGAACAUGUCACCAUCGCGCCCAUCGCACCGACAUUACUGAAGAGCACCGGGGUCGGGAACGAGCUCGGGACGGUCCAGGAAGGCAAGACGCUCGAGUCGCCGAAGGACGUCGACCUCGUCUACGUGCCGACCGGCAACCACUACAGCCUCCCCGGCACUCCGAGCAUGAACAGCGGGAGCGGCGGCGAUGUGUACCACCAUCGCGAGUCGUACUUCAGCGUUGGCACCGCCCCGACAUACCCCCGCUCGCCCCUCCCGCGCUCGCCCGCCCCGGGCGCGUCGCCACAAGCGCAGAGUGCGACGCUGCCGCCAGAGCAUCAGCCCCUGCCGACGCUGAUGCGUCGCUCGGGCUCCGGCACGUUCUUCCCCGCGCAGACGAUAGUCGACUCCCCGAUGCACCUCCACGACUCUCUCGUCGAGGACGCGUACGACUACUUCGGGGGCCCCGACCUCGGCGAGGACUUCAGCUCCGGGUGCGCGCAAUACCCGCGGAGACGGCCGCAGCGCGACAUCCGAGACGACGACGCGCACGACGCCGUGACGCGCUAUGCAGAAGGCGGUGCGGCGAGCGUCCCCACAGGGCGGAGUAGUGGCUGGCGCGUAAGCCCCAGCCCGAGCCCGGUCGACUCCCCACGGACGCCGGACGCGGACAUGCCCGUCGUGGUCGUGAACGAGGUGAACGGGGCCGUCGAGGAGAGGCAGGAGCGCUCGCGCGAGAGCAGCCCGUCU